ACCAAGAAGAAGAAGAGAUUAUUCCAGAUGAUAACGACGACUUUCAAGAUGACGAUGUCGUCGUCGAUGAAGAAGAGAAGAAAUGGGAGUGUAAAUUGUGUGGAGCGCACGAACUCGAGCACGAGUGCGUUAAAAAUUUAACGUGCAAGAUUUGCAACAAGAGUUAUUUGAAGGAAAGCAAUUUGGCGGCGCAUAUGGGAACGCACACGGGUCGUAAACCGAUAGAGUGCAAGGAGUGCGGUAAAUGUUUCACGCAGGGAAGGGCGUUCGCGUGUCACCGGAGAACGCACGAGACCGAAUCGGAAAGACCGUACAAAUGCGAGCAGUGCCCGAGGACUUUCACGUCGAAGACGCUGCUGAAGAACCAUGCGAAGAAGCACGAAACGCAGACUUUACAUUGCAACGUUUGCGAAAAGACCUACUCGAAUAUGGGUAAUUUGAAAGCGCACAUGCGAUUACACAGCGGCGAAACUCCUUAUUCCUGUCACAUAUGCAACAGGAAAUUCGCGCAGAGCAACUCGCAUUCGUAUCACAUGAAGACGCAUUUGAUGGAUAAACCGUUCAGCUGCGAUAUCUGCUCGUACGCGUUCACCACCAACGGGCAGCUGGUGAACCACAGACGGCUGCACACUGGGGAGAAACCGUACGCUUGCACUCUUUGCCCCAAAAGGUUCACGCAAAAGGUUUCCUUUUCGGUGCACAUGAUGUCGCACGGUGGCAACAAGCAGCAUCUGUGCAGCAUUUGCGGAAAGAAGUAUUCUCUCAACGGUCAACUCGUGAACCAUAUGAGAUCUCAUUCAGGAGAGACUUUGAAAUGUUCGUUAUGCGGAAAGGGAUAUACCACGCCUGCAAAUUUGGCGGCGCACAAGAAAAUCCAUAGCGGGAUUAAACCGCACGUUUGCGCUGUUUGCGGUAAACGCUUUUACGUUCCCAGCAAACUGGCGUAUCACAUGAGGACGCAUUGCGAAGAUCGACCCUUCGCUUGCUCCGUAUGUCCGAAACGCUUCAAAACCGCCAACGUUAUGAAGAUCCACGUUAGGACGCACACGGGCGAAAGACCGUAUCAAUGCACGCUUUGUGAGAAAGCGUUUACAAUCAGCUCACGAUUAGCCUCGCACAAAAGAACGCAUCAUAAGAAGUGAACAUAUGCAAAGUGAUACUUAACUAAAAAUUGAUUGAAAACAUUUGCAAAUUUAGAAUACAUGAAUACAUUUCAAGAGUAUUCGUAUUCAGUGAAGAAAUGUUUGCAAAUAUUAAUCAAUUUUUG